UGGGCGCUGCAAAGCAUCCUGGGAGAGCGCGCUCGCGCCGGAAGGUCGCACGAGCGCGCGGCGGCGGCGGCGAGGUUAUAAAAGGGAGCGAAGCCGAGGCAGGCGGAAGUGGGCGGUUCGUCGGCGCCUUGUUCUGUUGUUUGGUGUUUGGGCUCCUGGAGGGGCGUUCUCGGGAGGGCCGCCGCUGCAGGCCGCACUGACAGGGCCGCUCGCCGCUUCGCCCUGGGCUCUGUGCGCUCGUGCUCGCUCUCCUCGUCCCGUAGGUCUCAACAUGGCGCAGGAGGUGUCCGAGUACCUGAGCCAAAACCCGCGAGUAGCCGCCUGGGUGGAGACGCUUCGCUGCGAGGGCGAGACGGACAAACACUGGCGCCACCGCCGGGAGUUUCUGCUCCGCAAUGCCGGGGAUCUGGUCCCCGCGGCCGAGGAGACUGCAGACGCAGAGAGCGGAACCCGCAGUCGGCAGCUCCAGCAGCUCGUCUCCUUCUCCAUGGCCUGGGCAAACCAUGUCUUCCUAGGGUGCCGGUACCCUCAAAAAGUUAUGGAUAAAAUUCUUAGUAUGGCUGAAGGCAUCAAAGUGACAGAUGCUCCAAUCCAUACCACACGAGAUGAACUGGUUGCCAAGGUGAAGAAAAGAGGGAUAUCGAGUAGCAAUGAAGGGGUAGAAGAGCCAGCCAAAAAACGAGCCACAGAAGGAAAAAACAGUUCCUCAGUUGAGCGAGAUCGUGGGAAAAAAUCUGCCAAAGCGGCUCAGCAAGAAAGCAGUUCAUCAUCCAAGGGGUCAUCCACCAAAUCAGAGAGUAGUGGGACCUCAGCUCGGAGCAGCUCCAGUGUCUCCCAUCAGAAUAGUUCCACAAGUGAAGGAGAUAGAUCUGUUUGCAGCCAAAGCAGCAGCAAUUCCUCUCAGGUAACAGCAGCAGGGUCUGGAAAAGCUUCUGACCCAGAAGCUCCAGAUAAACACGGUUCAGCUUCGUUUGUUUCUUCACUGUUGACAUCCAGUGUGAAUAGUCAUAUGGCCCAAGCCACUGAUUCCAGACAGCAAAGUGGAUCCCCUAAAAAGAGUGCUUUGGAAGGUUCUUCAGUCUCAGCCUCUCAGAGCAGUUCAGAGAUUGAGGUGCCCUUGUUGGGUUCCUCUGGAAGCUCAGAAGUAGAGUUGCCAUUAUUGUCUUGUAAGUCUAGUUCAGAGACAGCUUCGAGUGGGUUAACAUCUAAAACUAGUUCAGAGGCAAACAUUUCAUCAUCAGUGUCUAAAAACAGUUCCUCAUCAGGCACCUCUUUACUGACUCCCAAGAGCAGUUCAACAAAUACGUCACUGCUGACAUCCAAAAGCACUUCUCAGGUAGCUGCAUCACUGUUAGCUUCCAAAAGCAGCUCCCAGAGCAGUGGAUCUGUGGCUUCCAAAAGCACUUCCUUAGGAAGCAUGUCUCAGCUAGCUUCUAAGAGUAGUUCUCAGAGUAGCACUUCACAGUUGCCUUCUAAAAGUACCUCACAGUCCAGUGAGAGUUCUGUCAAAUUUGUUUGUCGAAAGUUAACCAAUGAAGAUAUAAAACAGAAGCAACCUUUCUUCAAUAGACUGUAUAAGACAGUGGCGUGGAAAUUAGUAGCAGUUGGUGGCUUUAGCCCCACUGUGAAUCAUGGAGAGCUGCUGAAUGCAGCUAUUGAAGCUCUGAAAGCAACACUAGAUGUGUUUUUUGUCCCACUGAAAGAACUGGCAGAUCUGCCUCAAAAUAAGAGCUCUCAAGAAAGUAUUGUUUGUGAAUUGAGGUGUAAGUCAGUGUAUUUGGGCACUGGUUGUGGAAAAAGCAAAGAAAAUGCAAAAGCAGUUGCAUCAAGAGAAGCACUUAAGUUAUUUCUCAAGAAGAAGGUGGUGGUAAAGAUCUGUAAAAGGAAAUACAGAGGCAAUGAGAUAGAAGAUCUAGUACUCCUCGAUGAAGAAUCAAGACCCGUAAACUUACCUCCAGCACUGAAACAUCCUCAAGAAUUACUGUAAUUUCUCCCAAGUUAUCACGGCAUCCAGUAUCUGGUGUUUGAAGAGAAAAACUGGCUUUUAUAUAAAACACUGGCUUUCACAGAUUUUAUAUUGCUUUUUUCCAGUUUUGCAGAAAAUUUAAAUUCUAGUUCUCUUCACGAAAGUAGAGCUGUAAAUAAUUUAUGAAUGACAGUGCAUAUUAAAGGGUAUACAUUGACAGCAUACCAGUGUGCUGUUUUAUUUGCCGAAGAAAAUACUGUCUUCUAUUUUUAAUGAUAUAUUAGGUACGAUGUGUAGUUCUGUAGAAUCUUAAAAUUUUUGUACUACUACCAGUUUGGUAGAAAUGUAUUAAUUGUCUACCAUGCUUUUUUUUUUUUCUAACUUGAUUAAAUCACAUAAAAGAAAGGGGACCACAGUAUUUGAAUGUGUGAAAAUAUACAACUUAAGGUUUUAAGAGUGUUGCUCAGAAUAUUAACAUCUCUUAAUAAGAGUAGUUGCCUCAAACUAUUUUCAUGAGAAGCUGUAAACUUUUUUUCUUUUUCUUCUCUUUUUUUUUGUAGAUAUAAAGCAGUAUAAAGUACUUAUUGUUAUUUUAUUCUGAAGUUGUUUAAAAUUUACCAUGAUUUUGACCGCUGUGGAUUCUUAAGCAGGUUAAUUUAUGUUUUGAGGUAAAAUGCAAUUUACACUUUCUUAAAACAUAAUGUUGGUUUCUAUAUUAAGCAUAUUUUGUGACUACUAUGAACAGACUGAUUUGUUUAGAUAUUAAAUGCUUUAAACUAUUUUACCUUU